AUGGGCAAGGAGGCCGAGCCUAAGGAGAUGAAUGUUGCUGAGGAAUUGAAGGAAGAAAAUGCUCAAGAAAUAACUGGAAGCACAUUGUUACACGCCCCAUUAGUGGCACAGGAGCCUGAAGUACCACACCCUCAGAAUCUUCAAGAGGAGUCCAAGGAGGAGCAGUUCACUCAAUUCUUGAAAAUCUUUAAAAAGUUGCACAUCAAUAUUCCUUUUACUGAGGUGUUAGAGAAGAUGCCUCCUUAUAUGGCCUUCAUGGAAAGCCUACUCUCUGAGAAGAAGGCCUUGAAUGGAGAUAAAAUUGUGGUCUUAACCAAAGAGUACAUUGUAUUGAUUCAGAGAAAGCUACCCAAGAAGAUGUCAGACCCAGGAAGCUUCCUGAUUCCCUGUACCAUUGGGAUUAUUACAUUCGAGAAGCCACUAUGUGACCUUGGCUCAAGCAUAAAUUUGAUGCCUCUGUCUAUGAUGAAGAAGCUAGGAAUCUAA